GGGAGUACCUGGAGUGAUCUCUCCUUCUUCCUGCAAAGAUGUAAUUUGACAACUUUACAUAUAAAGGAGCCAAUUUUUGUGUUUCUGUGCACUCUGAGGAGAUUCUCAAGAAAGUAGAAGAUGAAUUCCAAGUCUUGGAUGAUGAUAUUUUCAAUAUUACCUACCCUAAAUCAGGUACCCACUGGAUGUCAGAGAUAUUAAAUCUGAUAAAGCACAAUGGAGAUCCAACAAUGGUCACUACCGUACCCAUGUGGUCAAGGUCCCCAUGGUAUGAAACGGUUGGGGGCUAUGAAGAAGCAGAAAAGCUUACCUCUCCAAGGAUAAUCUCAUCUCAUAUUCCUUCUCAGAUUUUUUCAAAGUCGUUCAUCAAGUCCAAGGCUAAGGUCAUUUACACAAUGCGCAACCCAAAGGACGUCAUUGUGUCAAUGUUCUACUUUUCUAAAAUACUGAAAAUUUUUAAAGAGCCAGAAAAUUUCCAAGCUUUAUUAGAAGACUUUUUCCAAGGCAGUGGAUUGUAUGGCUCUUGGUUUGAUCAUGUGAAAGGCUGGAUGCAAAUGGCGGACAAGGAGAACUUCUUCUACAUCACAUACGAAGAGCUUCAGCAGGAUCUGCGAGGCAGUGUCGUGCGGAUCUGCAAAUUCCUGGGGAAGGAACUGAACGAUGAAGAACUUGACUCGGUUGUAAAACAUUCCUCUUUCAAAGUCAUGAAGGAGAACAAGAUGUCCAACUUCACUCUUAUUCCAGAUGAUGUUUUAGAUAAAAGUAAAGGCACCUUCAUGCGCAAAGGAGUCUCUGGAGACUGGAAGAACCAUUUCACGGUGGCCCAGAGUGAACACUUUGAUAAAGUUUAUCAAGAGAAGAUGAAAGAUCUAAACAUGAAAUUUUUUUGGCAAGAAACAUGAAAACAACACACUUGCCGCUCCUCUUGCUGCUCUGUCCUUAGAUGUACAUGUGAGACUUUGGUGCCAAUCAUGGAACCCUGAAAGCCAACUGUUACUUCCUAUGACAUUUAUCUAAACUGUAGAUAUAGGACAUGUGCCCUACCCCGGGAUAUUCCAUUUGCAAAAAACAUCGGCAGUGCACACUCACUAAUAAAACAUGUAGAAAAAUAAAAACAUGUGUUCUAUUCUUA